GGACGGCUUACAGGCUUCCAGCCGCCAUCCCAAAUUUCUCAGUAUAUGAACAGCUGCUGCCAAUCAAAGUUUUCAUCUGAUCUGCCCGAUACCCAUCAAGACCUCAAAUCUUCCUCAUAUUCUACGAACCCUGUCAACAAUGGCUUCAUUUGCAAUCUCAUCAAGCUCCACGAAGUUCUUGUUCGCCAACAAGAAACAUGCUUUCUCUCUGCAGCCCUCAUUUCCCAAUCGGAUUUCCAGGAAAAUUGUUUCCGUCAUGGCGCCGCAGCAGUCUGAACGGAUGCCAGCCACCACUGGUUCAGUCAAGACUGGGAUGACGAUGACCGAGAAAAUCAUGAGUAGGGCUUCUGAGAAACCCCAGCUGAGCCCGGGGGAGAAUGUCUGGGUCAACGUGGAUGUUUUGAUGACUCAUGAUGUUUGUGGACCUGGCUCCAUUGGAAUCUUCAAGCGGGAGUUUGGCGAGGAUGCUAAGGUUUGGGACCGGGAGAAGAUUGUGAUCAUACCUGACCACUAUAUAUUCACAGCUGAUGAACGAGCAAAUCGAAAUGUUGAUAUCUUGAGGGACUUCUGCAUGGAACAGAAUAUUAAGUACUUCUAUGAUAUUAAAGAUCUUGGGAAUUUCAAGGCCAACCCUGAUUACAAAGGUGUAUGCCAUAUUGCUCUUGCCCAAGAAGGUCAUUGCAGGCCUGGAGAGGUCCUCCUUGGAACAGACUCCCACACAUGUACUGCAGGAGCAUUUGGCCAGUUUGCUACUGGGAUUGGCAAUACUGAUGCUGGUUUUGUAUUAGGCGCUGGAAAGAUUUUGCUAAAGGUGCCUCCAACUCUGAGAUUUGUAAUGGAUGGUGAAAUGCCAGAUUAUCUGCUUGCGAAGGAUUUGAUUUUGCAGAUUAUUGGUGAGAUAUCUGUGUCUGGUGCAACCUAUAAAGCAAUGGAGUUUGUUGGCACUACUGUGGAAAGUUUAACUAUGGAAGAACGGAUGACCUUAUGCAACAUGGUUGUUGAAGCUGGGGGAAAGAAUGGUGUUGUACCAGCUGACAGUACUACUUAUAAGUAUCUUGAGGAUAAGACAUCUAUGCCCUAUGAGCCAGUUUACAGCGAUGAUGACGCAAGGUUUCUUUCAGAGUAUAGAUUUGAUGUCUCAAAACUGGAGCCAUUGGUGGCAAAGCCUCAUUCUCCUGACAAUCGGGCUUUAGCAAGGGAAUGCAAGGAUGUGAAAAUUGAUAGAGUCUACAUUGGAUCUUGUACUGGAGGAAAAACUGAAGAUUUUCUUGCUGCUGCAAAAGUUUUCCUGGCUUCAGGCAAGAAGGUGAAAGUUCCCACAUUCCUUGUUCCUGCCACCCAAAAGGUGUGGAUGGACGUAUAUAGUCUUCCGGUACCAGGAUCUGGUGGCAAGACCUGCUCCCAGAUAUUUGAGGAGGCUGGUUGUGAUACACCUGCAAGUCCUAGUUGUGGUGCUUGCUUGGGUGGCCCUAAAGACACUUACGCACGCAUGAACGAGCCUAAGGUAUGUGUGUCAACAACAAACAGGAACUUCCCGGGUCGAAUGGGGCACAAAGAGGGCCAAAUCUAUCUAGCUUCUCCAUACACCGCAGCCGCCUCUGCUUUAACUGGCUUUGUCACGGAUCCAAGAGAGUUUUUGCAGUAAGCAGCCGUUCGUUUGACGUAUACCUGACACAAAAGCAUAGCACUACACUGCACUCAGUUACCUGUUCUUCAAAAUUCUGAAACUGCUUUGCUGUAUUGUGGGUUUGUAAUGUGACAUUGAAGAGGAUGGUUGUAUUGUCGUGUUGUGAUGAUCCUGUUGAUGAAUGAAGAGAGAACAAAGCCGCCAGAAUAAUUAUUGCUGCAA